GCAUACCUUUUAAUUUAGAGGCAGCAGUUUCUUCCCCAUCUAUGCAUCUGAGUGAAGACCAAACAGAUAGCCAUGAAAUGCGAAGAUGAAUCUCCAAAGCCGCACUUUGUUCUGGUGCCAUUCAUGGCCCAAGGUCACACCAUUCCCAUGAUCGACAUGGCACAUCUCCUUGCAAAACAGGGCGCCAUGGUCACCUUCAUCACUACCCCAGCCAACACCACACGGAUAGAGUCCACCAUUGAUAAGGCAAGAGAGCUGAACCUCCCAAUCCACUUUGUACCCCUCAAGCUCGACUGUGCCAAGGUAGGACUACCAGAAGGUUGCGAGAACGUUGACAAGGUCAUAGGGAAAGAGCAGGUGAAGAGUUUGACAGACGCCUAUAGCAUGCUACACAAGCCUCUCGUAUCUUAUCUCCAAGCACAGAGCAACCUGCCUUCCAGCAUAAUAUCAGACUUGUGCCAGCCAUGGACAGGAGAUGUUGCAAGGGAGCUGGGAAUCCCAAGGUUCAUGUUCAAUGGCUUCUGCGCCUUCUCCUCCCUCUGCAGGUAUAUCAUCCAUCAAGAGAAGGUAUUUAAGAAUGUAGCUGAUGACAAUGAGCUAAUUAUCCUUCCUGGGUUUCCUCAUUGCAUUGAGAUAUCAAAGGCGAGAUCACCAGGGAAUUUCAAUUCACCAGGUUUUGAGCAAUUCAGCGAGAAGAUCUUGGAGGAGGAACGGAGAGCUGAUGGUGUAGUCACUAACAGCUUCUAUGAGCUAGAGCCGUUGUAUCAUGAGGCCUACCAGAAGAAAAUAGGUAAGAAAGUAUGGUCCCUUGGUCCGAUGUUCCUUCAUAAUACUGAGAUGAGUGCAAUAGCAAUCAGAGGUGACAAGGCAACGGUUGAUCAGAAGCAUUGCUUGCAAUGGCUUGAGUCCAUGAAGCCAGGCUCAGUUCUUUAUGUUAGCUUUGGUAGCAUGGCUCGCACUGUGUUUUCUCAGCUCAAAGAGAUUGCACUGGGCUUAGAGGCUUCAAAGAGGCCAUUUCUUUGGGUGAUAAAAUCUGAUGAUAAGGUUUCUGAUACUGAGAAAUUGUUGAGUGAGGGAUUUGAGGAGAGAAUAAGGGAUAGAGGUUUCAUAAUAAGAGGUUGGUCACAACAAGCUAUGAUCCUCUCACAUCCAUCUUUAGGGGGGUUCAUGACGCAUUGUGGGUGGAACUCGACAAUAGAAGCAGUUUCAAAUGGGGUGCCCAUGAUUACAUGGCCACAUUGUGCAGAGCAAUUCUUGAAUGAGAAGCUGAUAGUAGAUAUUCUGAGGAUAGGAGUGCCUGUUGGCGUGCAGAACAUCACAAGCAGGACAAUGGAGGCUCAUGAGAUUUCUAUAGUAAAGAGGGAUCAUAUAGAGAAAGCCGUGUUGAAACUGAUGGGUGAAGAUAAAGAUGCAAAGGAGAGAAGAAUGAGAGCUACGGAACUAAAGCAAAAGGCUAGACAGGCUAUAGAUGGAGGGUCAUCUUACAGCAAUAUACAGCAGCUGAUUGAAUAUGUUACAACCAGGAAAUAAGACCCAAAGUUCAGUGAUCUAUGCUAUUAUUCUUCCACCAUCUUUUUCUUACAGUUUUUAGUAUGUAUUCCUAAAAGAAUAAAGUUAUUUCUCAAAAUUCCAUGUAUUGUAUGACACAGUAUGUUCAGACUUUAGAAACUUUUGCAUAUCAUUCUUACAGUGAGAAAACUGCCGUGGCAGCAACUACAUUGUUCA